AUGGCGCGACACCCGGACCAGCACCGCCCCAACCCCGCUCCAGUCGAGGGGGUCGCCGGGCCCGUUCAGGAUGGCCAGCCUCCUGUUCGGGCCGCCCAGCCCCAGCGGGAGGUCCAACCUCUCGCUCAGGCUGCCCGUGUCGGGGGUAGGGCCCGCAACCCUGCCUGCGGUUCAGCCUGCCGCCGCGCGCCUGUCCGCUUCAACGAUGAUGGAGCGCCCGUCCCAAUGGAGGAGUAG